AUUUUAUUCAACGUUUAGCUGUUGGUUGUAUAGUUAGCAUGUUAUUGUUGACCAUUUGAAAAAAAAGUUAAAACAAAAAAAAAAUUCCUCCUCUAAUAUAAUUCAGUAUUAUGGGUGCCAUUGUUAAAUCAAAUCAUCGGACUAGUAAUUUUACAAAAAACAACAAAAAUAUUUCUUCAUCAUCCAAUGUGAAAUGGAAAAAUGGUUCUAAUUCUUUUCGUUCUAAUUCAUGUUCACCACAACCUCGUGUAUUAAUAGUGUUUAUGUUAAUAAUAAAUUUCUUUUGCCCAACUGUAUUUUGUUAUUCUUCAUUGCUAUCACCAUCAUUCGAUUCGGAUAGAAGAAGUUUAUUGCAAAAAAGUGAUUUGGUUGAUACUACUUCUUCUUUAUCUCAACAAUUUUUGUUUGAUGAUGAAGAAAGUCAUCAAAACCAUCAAAAUUUAAAUCAAAAUGAUGUCAAUGAAUUUAGUGUCGGUUCUCUUAGACAUACUCGGAGUACGAAUAGCGAUUUAAAAAUUCAUGGGUUUCGGAUAGAAGAAACUAGCAGUGAAUUGGAUCUUGGCUCCGAUGGUGUUCCAAGUAUACUCUGUGAGUCGGAAGUUGUGAUUCGUGUUUUCGGAAUCGGAAUUACAAAUGAUACUGGUAUUGCGUUUACUGGAGCCCGAAAUAAUUUUGGAGGAUCGUGCCUUACUCCAGCCUCUACAAUAUUUCAUGCAUUAAAAGGAACUGCAAAUGAUAAAACUGCCUUGUUUAAAAUUAAAUUGCCAAAAGGAACUCAAUUUUUAUAUAUUUGCGCAAAAAACGAUGACUUUAAUGUUGAGACAAAUGUCGCUACGACGAAACCCUUGAUUCAUCAAGGAACAGAUGAUUGGUUAAAAAUAGGAACAUAUGAAAAUCUUCUGCCAUUAUGGGCUUCAAUCUUUAUAAUCGUAACCUGUUUGGCAUUCUCAUCUUUAUUUUCUGGUUUGAAUCUUGGUUUGAUGUCUAUGGAUCGUACCGAACUUAAAAUUCUGAAAAAUACUGGAACUGAAAAAGAACGAUUAUACGCAAGUAAAAUUCAACCAGUAAGAGAUCGAGGCAACUAUUUACUUUGUAGUAUUCUCUUGGCCAACGUUUUGGUUAACUCAACGUUUACAAUUUUAUUGGAUGGUCUAACAUCUGGUCUUUUUGCAGUUAUAUUUUCUACUUUGGCAAUUGUCAUUUUCGGUGAAAUUACACCACAAGCGUUUUGUUCUAGACAUGGUCUUUCUGUAGGAGCAAAAACAAUUUAUAUUACAAGAACUGUGAUGGUACUAACAUGGCCUUUAUCAUACCCGACAUCCAAAAUUUUAGAUUGGUGUCUUGGUGAAGAAAUUGGAAAUGUUUAUAAUCGUGAACGUCUGAAAGAACUUGUCAAGGUUACAACUGGAAUCAAUGAUUUAGAUAAAAAUGAAGUGAAUAUUAUUUCGGGUGCUUUAGAACUACGCAGAAAAACUGUCGGCGAAGUUAUGACACACAUCGAAGAUGCAUUUAUGUUGUCCCUCGAUUCAAUACUUGAUUUCGAAACCGUAUCCGACAUAAUGAAGUCUGGAUUCUCAAGAAUACCAGUUUAUGAUGGUCAUCCGAAAAAUAUUGUCACAUUACUUUACAUCAAAGAUUUAGCAUUUGUCGAUACCGAUGACAAUACUCCAUUGAAAACCUUGUGUGAAUUCUAUCAAAAUCCUUGUCAUUUUGUGUUCGAAGAUGUUACACUCGAUAUUAUGUUUAAUCAAUUCAAAGAAGGCAAUAAAGGACACAUGGCAUUUGUGCAUCGUGUUAAUAAUGAAGGAGAGGGUGAUCCUUUCUACGAAACAAUUGGUCUCCUCACCUUGGAAGAUGUUAUUGAAGAGCUUAUACAAGCUGAGAUUAUUGAUGAAACUGAUGUGUUCGUUGAUAACCGAACUAAGGUCAGAAGGCAAAGAAAUAAGAAACAGGACUUUAGUGUAUUUGCGGAAAGGAAAGAACACCAGGCUAUUCGGAUAUCGCCCCAAUUGAUUUUAGCCACAUUCCAGUAUUUGAGCACAGCUGUCGAUGCAUUCAGAAAAGACACAAUUUCUGAAUCUAUUCUACGUCGUUUACUCAACCAAGAUAUCAUCCAUCAUAUCAAAAGUAAAGGCAAAGAAAAGGACGAUCCCAGCUUGAUUAUCUUCCAGCAAGGCAAGCCUGUAGACUUUUUUGUACUUAUAUUGGAAGGUCGUGUUGAAGUUACUGUCGGCAAAGAAAACUUAUUGUUUGAAAGUGGGCCAUUUACUUACUUCGGAACUCAGGCACUUUUGCAAAAUAUUGUUUUAGAAUCGCCAAAUCAGACACAAAAUCAAAUCAAAGGCUCCCUACAAUCUCUUAAUGUAGACUCGGUAUUGCGACAAACUUUCGUGCCCGAUUACUCUGUACGUGCAGUUGGUGAUGUUACUUAUAUAGCAGUUAAGCGUAGCCUCUACCUUACGGCAAAACGUGCAACAUUAUUGGAAAAGUCACGAAAAUCUGGAGUUGAAAACGAAGGUGAAGCGAUAGACGCUGAAGUCGAAAAGUUACUUCAUUCACUUAACGAAGACGAACAACUUCCACGAAAUCCUAAAAAGUCUUUAUUAUUAAAGAGUGGUAGCACCACUCGUUCACCAUCCUUAAAUGAACCAACACUAAGCGAAAGAUUGUCCUCCACCACAAAUAAUACAAAAGGCCGCAGCAACGCUAAUAGCCCUGAAGCCGAUAAAAGCGGAAAGGAAAUGGCAAACAACCAUACAGGUGCUGAACCCCAAACUGAUGCGGACUCACUCGAAAACCAUUCAAUUGUCACGGCCCCGUUACUUCCAAAAACCUUAGAUACUUUCAAGUAAUAUUUACGGGGAAAAAAAAACUUAACCGACAUAAUGUUAAUUAAUUUCACUACCGUUGUUCUGAUAAUUUUUCGGAAAAAUUUAUUUUGUUUUUAAACGUAUACCUCGAAAUGUACAUUUUCGUACACUUGCAAUUGUCUCUGUACUUAAGUAAACAUCUAGGACCUUUCUAACUAAAGUUCUCUUAUUCUAUAUAUAUAUAUAUAAUGGAUUUAUCCGAGAUAUUUCAUGUAAAAAUAAACUUGUAGUAAUAAUAUUACUGCUGUUAUUUGGUAUGUAUGUACGUUUUUUAAAGAUUUUACAUGCGACCGGUUUUUUUUUUGUUUUUUUUAGUAGCUUACAAUCAGUAUAACUGAAAAGAGAUUUUUUUAUUUAAGUUGAAAAAUGAACAAAAACAAGGAAAUACUAAUUUAAUAUCGAAAAUAAAAUAAUAUUGUUAUUAAUAA